AUGGCUACCUUCGGCGGACUCGACUUGCCCGACAACCUCAGAUGGGAUCUGGAUCGACGAUGGGAACAGAUAUUGGCGCAGAGCCAGCAGCAAGGUCAACGCGAGGAAGCCGAGGCCGCAGCCGUCACGCUGCUCAUGGAGCCGGGACUGAGUUCUCUCCAACGAGCCGGUCUCCAUACUCUGCUCGCCUCGUCCCCGAAAGACUAUGUCGAGCACGUCAGCGAAGCCGUCCGCUUGUACAACAUGGUCAUCAACUCAAUCCAGCUCUCGCUCCCACAGCGAGCUGAACUCCAGGCCAGAAUUGACAGUACUGAGAUACUUCUCGCCAAGGCGCGUCAGGACAAAAUUAUCGUCGACCGCGCGGUAUAG